AAUUGUUUAGAACCACUCACUCAAACCUUCCAUAUACUUACUUAUCAUCUAUAUAUAUCUCUACACUUUGAUACCUCUAGCAAACUCAACCAUACACAGCAAUACCAUUCAUUAAAUUACAGAGUUAAACAUUUUAAGUAUUAACGUUAUCCACAAAUUUACAUCCAAAGAAUCAUCAUGGCCAGACAUAUUGCUGCAGUUGUCGCCAAGCAAAUUCUUCGCAGAUCUACUGAUAAAACUUGCUCAAGAUCCUCAAGUGUGCCGAAAGGUUUCCUAGCAGUUUACAUCGGAGAGAUGGAGAGAAAGAGAUUUGUAGUUCCAGUGUCAUAUCUUAACCAGCCUGCAUUUCAAGAUCUUCUAAGCAAAGCGGAAGAACAGUUUGGAUUUGAUCACCCAAUGGGCGGCUUGACAAUUCCUUGCAGAGAAGAGACUUUUAUUAAUGUUACUUCUAGCUUAAGUAGAUAGUACGAUUGAGGUGCCAAAACAAAUGUAGUAUCUUAAAAAAACAAUUUUGUCAUGGCACAAUAGGCCAAAUCAAUGUAAAUACUAAAUAAUAUCAUUUUUCUUCUUUUCAAA